UCUGAACAGACCCCGCUGUCGGCUCUGCGUGUGGGUGAGCUGAUCGUGGAGGCUGGCUUCCCCAAGGGUGUGGUGAACAUUGUGCCGGGUGUUGGUGCCGAGGCCGGUCGCCACCUGGCCCAGCACCCGAACGUCGACAAGGUCGCCUUCACGGGCUCUACCGAGGUGGGCUACCAGAUUAUGCGCACUUCGCACGUGAGCAACCUCAAGCGUGUGACGCUGGAACUCGGUGGCAAGUCCGCCAACAUCAUCCUCGACGAUGCUGACAUCGACCUCGCCAUCCAGCAGUCGCAGCUGGGCCUGUUCAUGAACCAGGGCCAGUGCUGCAUUGCCGGCACGCGUGUGUACGUGCAGGAGGGCAUCUACGACGAGUUCGUCAAGCGCACGGUGGAGGCCGCGAAUGCUCGCGUGGUCGGCGACCCGUUCGACCCCAAGACGGACCAGGGCUCGCAGAUCGAUGAGACUCAGUUCGAGAAGAUCCUUGGUUACAUUGAGGAGGGCAAGAAGGAAGGUGCCAGACUCCUUGCUGGUGGCAAGCGCCACGGCAACAAGGGCUGGUUCAUUGAGCCCACCGUGUUCGCCGACGUCACGGAUGACAUGACCAUCGCUCGUGAGGAGAUCUUCGGCCCCGUCAUGUCCAUCCUCAAGUUCAAGACCAUCGACGAGGUCAUUGCUCGCGCCAACGACUCCGUCUACGGCCUGGGCGCUGGUGUGGUGACCAGCAACAUCGACAACGCCAUCAAGAUCUCCAACGGCAUCCGCACGGGCACGGUGUACGUGAACUGCUACGACGUGUUCGACUCGAACACUCCGUUCGGUGGCUUCAAGGACUCUGGCAUCGGCCGCGAGAAUGGCGAGCUGGGCCUGCGCAACUACCUGGAGCACAAGACGGUGAUCAUCAAGCGCCCCGAGGAAUCGAUGCCCUAG